AUGCUGUCCCGACGGGCCCGCAAAGACGAUGCAUGGUUCUUGGAACAGUUCAAACGGCCACUUCGCCGCCAGGGGUCGAAGAGCCUUUCGAGCAUCGACCUCGCCACGGCGGAGAACUGGCUAAUUCGCCCCGAAAUGCUCUCGCUCCUCAAGAAGAACGCCAAAAAGGACCUGAGCGCGAAGCACCUGUCGUAUGCCGGCGGCUUGGGAGGGACGAAGGAGCUGCUGGAAUCCUUGUCGAUUUUCCUCAACCACUUCUUCUCGCCCAGAAUCCCGGUCAAGCCGGGGCAUAUUGUCACUGGUCCGGGAUGCAGCUCUAUACUCGAUACGUUGAUUAACGACCUGUGCGAUGAGGGUGAUGGGCUUUUGGUGAUGGCCCCUUUCUGGGGUAGUUUCGAAAUAUCCGCGGUGCUUCGAAAUGGAGCCAGACUGAUUCCCGUACGUGUGCCCUUUCACGAAACACAUUCCCCUCGGGCCGUCGUGACCGCAUACCAGACCGCAGCAGACAAAGCUUCCUGUAACGUCCGCGGCAUUCUCUUCUGUAAUCCUCACAAUCCACACGGCCAUAUCACCCCUGUCGAGGUCAUCGAUGCACUUCUCCAGUACUGCGAGGAUGCCGAUCUUCACUUUGUGUCUGAUGAGAUCUAUGCACUGUCAACUUUUGGCGCCAUCAACCAGGAUGUAACACCAGGUGCAAAUACGAGAUCCAGCGAAAGCUUCGAGUCGCCGUCGGCCGAGUUUGUCUCCGUCCUCUUGAGAGACUUACGCUCGCGCAGAUUUCUCAUAGAAGGCAUUCUCAUCUUAUGCACCGGCGUCUGGUCACGGUUCAUGAUGGCGCCGUCCCCGACGCAAGCAAAGGCGUGGUAUCGUCCGAAAGGCUGGCUGAUUCACAGAGCGGGAAGAGAAGAUCCUCGUCAACCGUAUUCUGCGCGAUGA